AUUCAUAUUAUGAGCGUCCCUUGUUGAUUUGCAGGGGAAGAUCAGACACAUCCAGUCUCCAGAAGUUCCGACAAGACUCUAUAAAGUACAAAAUGCUGCAAAAUACCGGAAAGCUGUCAGGGUGCACCCUGUUUAUCACUGGAGCAAGUCGGGGCAUUGGAAAGGCCAUCGCUCUCAAAGCUGCCCGGGAUGGUGCCAAUGUGGUAAUCGCAGCCAAAACUGCUGAGGCGCACCCUAAACUACCUGGGACUAUCUACACAGCUGCUGAGGAAAUUGAAGCAGCAGGUGGGAAGGCCCUGCCAUGUAUUGUUGAUGUACGUGAUGAGACACAGAUCAAUAAUGCCUUGGAAAGUGCAGUACAGAAAUUUGGAGGAAUUGAUAUUUUGGUGAACAAUGCCAGUGCGAUCAACCUCACCGGGACACUGGACACACCCAUGAAAAAAGUGGAUCUUAUGCUCGGUAUCAAUCUCAGAGGAACGUAUCUGACGUCCAAACUGUGUAUCCCACAUCUCCUGAAGAGCAAAAGCCCUCACAUUCUUAACCUCAGUCCUCCCCUGAACCUAAAUCCCAUCUGGUUUAAAAAUCACACAGCUUACACCAUGGCAAAAUACGGCAUGUCCAUGUGUGUACUUGGAAUGGCUGAAGAAUUCCGAGGAUCCAUUGCAGUCAAUGCUUUAUGGCCACGGACAGCUAUUCAAACGGCUGCGAUGGACAUGCUGGGUGGAUCCGAAAUAGGAAAACAGUGCAGGAAGGUGGCUAUUAUGGCUGAUGCUGCAUAUGCCGUCCUCAGCAAACCUGUUGGCUUUACAGGACAGUUCAUCAUUGAUGAAGAUAUCCUAAAGAAAGAAGGCGUUAAUGACUUUGAUGUAUAUGCAGUUAAGCCCGGUCAUCCAUUGCUUCCUGACUUCUUCUUGGACGAAGAGCCCGAGAAGCUUGAGAAGAUGAUGUUGGAUCACGGUGCCACUCCAGCUUUCCAGGCAGGAAAAACAGUAACAGAAAUGCCCAGCGGACCCAUCGCUUACACAUUUAAAAUACUCAGUGGUGUGAUUAAUUCAGACGUUGUCAAAUCCACACAGGGUAUUUACAAAUUCGAACUUUCUGGGGAACAUCCUGGAAUUUGGUACAUUGACCUGAAAAAUGAUAGCGGCAGUGCAGGCAGUGGAGAACCAUCGGGUAAAGCUGAUGUGGUCAUGAGCAUGGACAGUGCUGACUUCACCAAGAUGUUUACAGGAAAGUUAAAACCAACCAUGGCCUUCAUGUCUGGAAAGCUGAAGAUCAAGGGUGACAUGGCUUUGGCGAUCAAAAUGGAGAAGAUGAUGGCCUUAAUGAACAAGUCAAAGUUGUAAUAGGAAUGCCCUGUUUUCUGCCUAAAUUAGUACACAAUUAGUAAAUUCAAUGUGUCUGUUUUUAGUGAGGGUGUAUUAAAUCAUUAGCUAAAUGCAUUUUAAGACAUUCUUGCUUUUAUAGGAAUGCAACGUUUCAACAUGCUACAUGUUUUGUAUUCAUUUGAAUAAUAUCAAACAAAGAAAUAUAACAGACCUCACUAAACCCAACACAUUUGACCUUCAGUUGUAUUUUACUAGCACCAAAUAAAACAACUACACUCUUGUA